AUGCGCCCAUUAGCCAUCAUAACCCUAUUCUUCGCCACAUUGGCGAUUGCUUCUCCUACGGACGACAGCAAUGCCGAGAAUCAAGACCCGGAUUUCAGGCCGGUCGUUCCUCUGGGCGUGAAUCGUUGCAGACGGGGUUAUGAUAGAUGCAUAGCGACCUUCCCACGAAGACUCGACAAGAUUGAAAUGAUCAAUUCUAACCCAUCACUUGCUAGCGAUGCUACGAGCAAAACUCUGGCCCGCGAUGUCGAUAUGUGA